CUCCAUAGUGAUUGGAAUGGUAAAACCCCUAUAAAGAGCCUUUCACAUUCUCCAAACAAGAAUCACACUAACUAACUUCUUAGUACUAAAUUUUUUUUUAUAUGGAUUUCAUCAAGGGACAUUCCCUCUUCCCUUUUUUCUUCUUGGCAUUCUUGCUUUGUAGCAAUGCUGUCCAAGCCACCCAAAACUACAAGGAUGCCCUCGCGAAAUCCAUAUUAUUUUUCCAAGGACAGAGGUCUGGAAGGGCGCCCCCGUCCCAGAAAUUUCCUUGGCGGUCUGUUUCUGGCCUCAGCGAUGGUUCCCAAGCACAUGUGGAUUUAGUUGGAGGGUACUACGAUGCAGGGGACAAUGUGAAGUUUAACCUCCCAAUGGCGUACACGACUACUAUGUUAGCAUGGAGUGCGUUAGAGAACUCGAAGCCUUUGGGCCCAGAACUAGAGAAUCUAAGGGCUGCAAUUAGGUGGGGUACUGAUUACCUUAUAAAAUGUGCUACAGCCACCCCCGGUGUGCUUUAUGUAGGUGUUGGAGACCCAAAUGUAGACCAUAAGUGUUGGGAAAGGCCAGAGGACAUGGACACGGCCCGAACAGUCUAUUCUGUUUCCAGAAAUAAACCAGGGUCUGACGUUGCUGCUGAAACAGCAGCAGCUUUGGCUGCUUCUUUCCUAGUGUUUAAAAAAGUAGAUCCCACAUACUCCAGGUUGUUGUUAAGAACAGCAAAAUCUGUUUUCCAAUUUGCUGCGCAGUAUAGGGGUUCCUAUAGCGACUCUCUUGGUUCAGCCGUCUGUCCGUUUUACUGUUCUUACUCCGGAUAUAAGGAUGAGCUAUUGUGGGGAGCUGCAUGGUUAUUAAGGGCUACAAAGAAUCCAUCCUACCGAAAUUUUAUUGAUUCAUUAGGUGCUAACGAUGCAACGGACAUAUUCAGUUGGGACAACAAAUACGCUGGUGCUCGAGUCCUUCUAUCCAGGGGGAGUUUAGUGGCAAAAGAUGUGUCAUAUGAGCCAUUCAAACAACAAGCUCAAGAUUUCAUGUGCAAAAUUCUUCCCAAUUCUCCUUAUUCCACUACACAAUAUACUAAAGGGGGUCUAAUGUUUAAACUACCAGAUAAUAACCUUCAAUAUGUGACAUCCAUAACAUUCUUGCUCACUACCUAUGCCAAAUACAUGAAAGCAACUAAAAACACCUUCAAUUGUGGCAACAUUAUGGUCACCCCAAAUACCUUAAUCAACCUUGCAAGAAAACAGGUGGACUAUAUAUUAGGAGACAACCCAAUGAAGAUGUCUUAUAUGGUAGGAUACGGGUCAAACUACCCACGAAGAAUUCAUCACAGAGGAUCUUCAUUACCAUCAAAAUCAGCUCACCCACAAUCAUUUGGCUGUGAAGGAGGUUUCCAACCAUUCUAUUAUACUUCUAACCCAAACCCGAAUAUAUUAUAUGGGGCAAUCGUUGGUGGUCCAAACAAUAACGAUUUCUUCCCUGAUGAACGAACUGAUUACAGUCACUCAGAACCUGCUACAUACGUUAAUGCGGCUUUGGUUGGACCUUUAGCAUACCUCUCUGGGAGAUAGAUAUAGAUCAAGUCCCUACAUUAUACAUUUAGAACUUGACAAUGCAUGUAUUAUAAUUAGUAUGUGUGUGUAUGUUAUAUCAAAAUCAAGUAUUGACCACCUAAAUAAGCAGGUGAAGAAUACAAGUAUUUGAUUAU